AUGUCUGAUACGGAGAAAACAAACCUGACUCCCGCUCCUGCGGCGGAGAAGGCCCUUGGCAAGCAAUGGCAUGCCCCCAAGAAGGCCUUCCGACCUACCGCUGGCCUGAAGUCAUAUGAGAAGCGAACGCAAGAGCGAGCUCUCAUGGCGCAAGUCAAGGCCAAGGAGAAGGAGAUGAAGGAUGAGAAGGAACAGGAGCGCCAGCGCAAGAUUGCAGCGAUUAAGGAGAAGCGAGCAAAGAAGGAAGAGGCUGAGCGAUACGAGAAGAUGGCCGAGAAGAUGCACAAGAAGCGAGUCGAGCGACUAAAGCGCAAGGAGAAGCGCAACAAGCUAAUCAACUCAUGA